AUGACUGAGGAAGAACAUACUGGUGCAUCUGCAUCAGCAACACAUACUGUUGGGUAUCUAGGAGGAUUGUACGAUACCUCUCUUUUGGUUAAGUACGAACAUCAUAUUGCUAGACAUAUAUGGUUUGGUGACGAGAGAGGUACGAAGAAAGAGUUGAAGUUAGCAGGACAUAUGUUAAAGCUGAUUAAGAGGGUUCCACUGCAGCUUCCUAGAGAGAUGGAGGGUUGA